AUGGCCGACCCUACUCAAUCGCAUGGGUUUGGAGCCCAACGGCCUUCCCCCCCAAACAAUGUCCGCAGUCCCCUAUCCCCAGGCAGCGGUAGCGGCGCGGGUACCCCGAUCUCAUUCCAACCGAACGUCAAUCGCUCCAAAACGAAACGAUGGGUCGAGGCCAGACAAUACUCCUAUGACGGUGGCGACUGGGGCUCCGACGAGGAGGAGGAAGAAGAGGAGGAGGCCCCGCCGCCGGUACCUCGGCCUCCUUAUGCCUCCCACAAUACUGGUAGUUCGUCCGAGUUGAGCUCGAGACGUCUAUCUAGUCACAUUGGAGCUGAUGAUUCUGCUGCAGCUGAUAGCCGAGGCAGAAAUCCUAGCGUAGAUCAAAAGACCCUGCCUUUUGUCAGACCGGCUGAUCUUUAUAAACGAAUGCGCGAGGAGAAAGCAGCUCAGGGCGAAGCUCCCAGCCCACAGGUAUCUUCGUCUUUGGCUGAUGAUAGUCGCAAGCUCGACGGAUCUGGGCUGUCGCAAACACAGUCGGCAAGCCCCUCCAUGGGUUUGCCAGAAGUGAAGCGUAUGUCUGGCUUUGGGACCGAUUUCCUAGGCAGCACAGAACCCAGCCUGCCCAAGGACGCAAGCUCCGAGCCCCAGUCCCAAUUUCAGGAACCCCCACUGCAGCAUAAAACUUCAUCUGGAUUCCAAUCAGUGGUCCACCAGGCCUUCGAUGUCCCAGAAACCCCUCAAUCCAUUGGCAGUGUUGAGCGGACCAACAGCGACGGCACUUCCGUGAUCUCCCCAAUCAUGAUUGGUCGUAACACCAACGAAGACAGAACACCAACGAUUCACGAGGAGCCUCAUGAGACUGAGAAGGAGGCUACCCCUGAUGGUCCCGUGUUCAAACCAGGUCACCGCCGAGACCUGAGCCUUCCUGAUCGGGACAACAGUCCAUCUCGCAAACCGCAGGUCGACGAAACUCCCACUGGCCAGACAGCUUUGUCUUCUGUUCAUCAACAACUCCAGAUUUCCCCAGAAUCAACCACCUCUCCCGCCUUUUCCCAAGAUCCAGCAAUGCAGCAAUACACGAGCGAUGGCCAGGACUUACCUGCCCCUCUCAAGUUCGGCAGUGCAUCGGGCCCUGACAGCUAUCGUGGCGACAUCCCGACGAUUGUCGGAGCCGGAACUUCGCCAGAGGAUGGAGACAACGAUCGCCUGAGAGAAGAAAUUAUCCGCUCUUUGAGCCGGGAAACCACCCCAUCUGCGGAUCCGGAACCAAGCAACCAACCCCCGUCGCACCCGCCCACCGAGUCUAUUCCUCAUCAAUUUGAGAAAUAUUGGGGUGGCCAAACCGGACCAAGCCAGGAGCAUAAUCCUAAGGCUUUGGUGUCGGGAACUCUUCCAGAUCUUCCAGACCGGAUCGAGCCACAUCCUUUGGCGUCUAGAGACCCAUAUGCAGAUGGUCCCGAUCUAGCUAAUUCCUCCUCAACAAUUGUCGAUCAACCGAGAAAGAAGCUCGGAAGACGCUUUUCCUGGGAAUCGUCGGAUACAGAGGAACCUGAAGCUCAACCUCAAAUGCCCGGCAGCUAUGCCUCUCCCCCGCUGGAUACACCACUUGCUACCCAAGAGCCUGAACUUCUUGCCGAAGACGUGCCGCCUGCGGCAUCUGAAACGGCGCCGCAUGACUACUUUUCAUCUGACAAUGAGGGCUCGGAUGCUCCCCGUACCGAAAAGCCUCGGCUUUCAAUUAUUCCUCCUGUGCCUGAAAAUAUAUCACCCCCCGAGCAAGUAAUUGGGCCAGAGCCUACCCCACCACAACCUCAAGCUCCCUUGAAUGUUGGGGGCUCUUCUCUGGAUGAGUCUAAGCUUCUCGGCUUCCGCGAUAUUCUUGGUAUCACAUCUGUGGACCAGCGUAUCAAGUCUUUCGAGCACACCCGGGACCAAUUUUCAACUCUUGACUCUGGCUUGAACCACUGGCUCCAGUUCAUGGUUCAUGAGCACCCCGAACAUGCCGACGUGGUCGAACAGAGCCAGAGUAUGUCUGAUCUUCCGCGCGCUUCGCCUUCCAGAAGCAGAUUCCCCAAACUGACCUCCCUCGGCAAUCUCGGGUCGACCUUGAAUUUGAAUGACGGCACACCAACUAGCGCCACACACAUCAGGCGCCCAUCGGGCCAUCUUGGCACUGUUAUGAACAAGCAAAACGUCGGAGAGCGAGGCAAGGAAUUCCUCCACACUGCGGGGGCGUUUAGUGGCAAAGCAAGCGGAGCUGCCAAGGGCCUGUUUGCCAAAGGCAGAAGCAAAUUCCGACCCAGUGGAGGUUCUGACAAGGGUCAAUCAACACCGACUGCUCCUCGCCGCAGCUUUCAGUUCUCCGUGCCAUCAGGCUCGGGUGAAACUGGUAAACCUCGCCGCAAUUCUGCCUCGUUUGGGAGCCUGCCUAUCUUCAAGUUUGGAAGAAUCAGGCCUGGCGCUGAAUCUGCGACAGCAUUGGCCGAUUCUGCUCUAGAUGCUUCACAGACCGAAGAGAACAUUCGGAAACGUGCCCGAGUGACCCAAUCGGGGGAUUAUCCUCUGUCGCACAGCGUCGACGCAGGCGUGCAACCUCAGUCAUCUUCUAACGGAGUUUUGCCUCAGAACGAUCCAUCUCGAAAGUCUAACUACGCUGGCGAGUUCGAGCAGGAAGUCAUAGCCGCCCUUGGUCUUUCGCCUACAGCCUCUGAUCAAGAGCCAAGUACUUCAACGGCAUUGGGAACGAUCCAGACUAACGGUGAGAAGAGGAAGUCUACACAGGGACUAUCACAGCCACAGAAACCCGCGCCUAUUGAGCAAACCGCUGCUAAAAAGCCUACGAAGACGACUACAUCGAAGAGUUUACCGAUGGUCCCCCAUGAGCCUUUUAUGGUCCCUCUUCCGGACUCGAAUGAUUUUGGGGAUGCACCUAGUCAGAGCGUGCCACAGAUCAUUGCCCCGACAAUCCGUCCAGUGUACGACGAGAGCAUCAAGGCUCCAGGAUCUCCUCCUCAAAAGGACAACAGGCUUGCACCUGAUGCGGUAUCCCAACGUCAGCCAUCGGUCUCGACACUUGGACCUGACGAGCAACAUCAACGGACAUCUCAGGAGAAUGAUCUCGAUAGAGAACCUCCAUCUCCCCUGGAUCCUUCUGGUAAAGAUGUUAGUGGUGCUCAUAAUACGGUCAUCUCCCUGGAAAGAGCCCAAGAGAGUGGGUUUGACAACCCUGUUCCAUCUGCUGAGGGUGAUAACCAAGCCGUUGAGCCUUUCUAUUCCUCGGAAAAUCCAAGUUCUGCUCAGAUCCUCGAAUCUAAGAGAAAGUCCAUCAGCGGUCUUCCGCCUUCUAUCCCAGGAGUGCAAAGCCCCCUCAGAAACGAAGUCAGUUACUCGCCAGGGACUCGGAGCAGCAUGCUCAGCUUUGGCAGCUUUGGCAGACAAAGUGGUAACGGUAAAGGAACUCGCCCUUCUACACCCGCCAACGGUUUAUCGCAGACUUCGGAAUCGAGCUCUCCGGUGCAAAAUGAAGAGUCUGCAAUUGGAAAGUUGAAAAGCUUCGGGAGGCGACGACGCGCCUCAGUGGGAGAUCUCUUGUCUGGGAUUCAAGUUCAAGGGAUCCAAGGUCAACCUGGAGGGCAGCGGAAACGGGCGCUUAGCAGGCUUAGUGGCCUUUUCAGCCGUCAAGAUGCUGAGGGCCCCGGGAGGAAGUCAUCCGACCUGAUUAGGACCGUCUCACAGCCGUUAGACAAGGAUCUACCUUCGUUCCCACCGGCAAACAGCAAUACGGAGAAGACCUCGUCUACCGCGGACGAGAAACCACCAGUACUCGAAGAUCCGUCCAUUCAGAAGCCUCUACCUACUGAGCCUCCUGAUUCAACAAUCCCACCACCUCCACCUCCAAGUGAGGCAAAGCCUUCACCUCGUAAUAAUCGCCAGCGUGCUAGCAUCUCACUGCCACCCAGUACUUCAACCAACUCCUUUGGCGCAGGUCGAUUCUACUCGCAGUUCCAGUCGGGGACUAUGAACGAAACCCCCAUUGGUUCUCACCAUACCAGGACACUGAGUCAGCCUCUGCCAGGCCAGUCUCGCUCGCCAUCUCCGAUGUCAAUCAAUGAGGGCAGAGCUAUGAAGCCACUGUCCCCGCUUGAGGAGCUGCAAGAUUUCCAGAUCCAGAAGUUGGAGCAGCAAAAGCAGGCGAAGCAUGAAGCACGAGACCCCGAUGAAAAUCAAGAGGCGCCGCUUGGGGUAUUGAGCGAGAAGGAAGAGCAGGAAGAGGAGGAAGAGGAAGGAGAUCGGUACGAGCUUUCUACCGAGACAGCUCGGUGCGAACAACCACAGCACGGUCUCAACCCACAGCUCAGCGUGCGAUCCCGUAAACCGGUUGGAGAUGACUCUACCAACUUGACCCCUGGGCACUUGGCACCACGCAAUAUUGCCGUCUCGAACGCGUCUGCGGUCUCAUCCAUCCACCCCCAUCGCAGCGAAGGCGAAGCUCGGAUGGUGAAUGAUCCCCCUCAGCCUGUAGAACUUGCUGUUACUGGUGAUGACAGUAGUGAAGAAAUUGUCAUGUCUCCCACUGCUUACCCGGGGCAGGAGUGGACGCCGAUGCAUUGGUAA